AAAUGUUGUUGUCAGUCACCACGGAGCACGCGCCUCCUUUUACAUCUGGAUUUGUCCGCCUGCCGGGCCCGCCCCCCUCCAUUACUCGCCUCCCUCCCUCCCAUCGUUUCCCUCCACCGCUGCUCCACCGACUCAUUGGUCCGCCGGCUCCUCUCCACUCCUGUCCCACUCGACACCCCUCGCGCCCCUCUUCGUCUUCUCCUUCACCACCUUGUUUCCUCCUCCUUCCUCCCUCCAAGUCGGACUCAUGUCGCCCUGUGUGUGCGGAUGACUCUCGUCCAGCUGCGAACUAGUUAACGAGCGGCGGCGGAUGAGCCCGCGCCCGCUCUCCGGCAGGCAGAGCACCGCCACAGUACGAAGAUGGCGUCGGAGGGAGCCAGCGGAGAACAGCCUCCUCCCCCGGCACAGCAAUCGCUGACCACCGCCGUGCUGGGAAGCGUCGACACGAAAUGCGACUUCAACAUGGAAAACCUGAGCAAGCCGGAGCUGCUGACCCUGCUGAGCAUCAUGGAAGGCGAGCUGGAGGCCCGCGAUUUGGUCAUCGAGGCGCUCAGGGCUCAAAGAAAAGAAGUUUUCCUGCAGGAGCGCUACAGCUGCUACAGCCUGACCGACCCCUUCCUGGCACUGCAGCGGGACUUUGAGUGCGGGGUGCCGCGAGGCGACAAGGAGCGGCGGCCGUUGGGCUCCAGCCCCAUGUCCGUCCUGGAGGCCGUCAUGGCGCACUGUCGGAAGAUGCAGGAGCGCAUGUCUGCACAGUUGGCUGCUGCCGAGAGCCGCCAGAAGAGGCUGGAGAUGGAGAAGCUGCAGCUGCAGAGCUUGGAGCAGGAACACCGCAAGCUGACGGCGCAGCUGAAAGACGAACGCGAGAAGAACAAGCACAUCGUCAUGAUGCUGGUCCGCGAGUGCAAGCAGCUGGCCACGCGCGUUGUGGAGGAGUCGCAGCGCUUUGACGAGCUCCAGGCCCGACUAGACGAGGAGGGACGGGCGUCCGGUCGGCUGCGGGAAGAGCUGAGCACCGAGCGGCAGCGCAGCCAGCAGAUGGAGGCAGAGAUGGAGAAGCAGCUGUCCGAGUUGGACACAGAGCGUGAGCAGCUGCGGGCCAGGCUGGGCCGCGAGGAGGUCGAGAUUCAGAACCUACGGCAGCAGGUGGACCAGCUCAGAACUGAACGCGGGGGUGCCAAGGAUGGCGCCCAACCUGCCGCCCUUGCCAGCACGCCGCCCAAAGCCUCCGUUUCUGUGGCCACAGACCCCGUCGGCUCUCGAACAGCUUCCUGCCAAACGGACCAGCCCCUCCCAGAGGUGGAGGGUCCCAAGAGGACUCCCCUCACCGUAGCCGCCAAACCAACCACGAGCCCUUACGCCGGUCUCAGCCUGCCAAAGACAGCCAGCCGAGGAAUCGUCCACAGCAGCUCGGGAGGGCUGGCGCAGACCGAGAACGGCUCUGAGGGCCAAGCUGCCCCCCACGGCCUACCCAGUGGCGUCAGCCCCCGCGUCCAGGCUGCCCGCUACAAGUUCCAGGAACAGGACCAAAAUGGCACGGCCUCCCAGAGUCCACCGGCCCGGGACCCCUCCCCCACCAACCGGGACAACUUUGCUGCCAAGCAACAAGCGCGCCACACAGUCACCCAGGUCCUGUCGCGUUUCACCAGCCCUCCAGCAGGGGGAGCACUGCGGCCGGGGCUUCCGCACUCGGCCUCGGAAGGGGGGCCCUUCCCAAGCCGCCUCAGCCACCCCAUCGGCCUUAAGUCCCCCACCGUGGCCAGAAUCGACAGGGGAAACCCUCCCCCCAUCCCUCCCAAAAAGCCUGGCCUCUCCCAGACCCCCUCACCACCUCAUCCGCCCAUGAAGGUGGUGGGGGACAGCGGGCGCUCUCAUGGGGCGGGGCUCAAAUCAGCUACGCCCCAGCUGCCGCCCAAACCUGCCUUGGACCUGGUACCAGCCCUGACGGCCUCUCAGGUGGGUGCAUACCCCCUUCGCCGCUCCCCGGGGCCCGACCAGUUUGCAGAAUGCCCCCCCGUCGUCAUCCCAGCCAUCCCCUCCAUCAACCCCCUUCCCUCCUCCCUCUCCAUUAGCUCUCCAUCCAACUCUAGCCCCCGUGCCCUCUCAGACAGCCCCCUGGCAACAGCAUCAGGCUGGUGUCCCUCCGUAGUCUCCCCUCUCAGCAGCUGUGGGCCCGCUGCCCUGGACGGCGGGCGGCCGCUGCUCCUUCUCCAAGCUGCUUCCCAGGGAAAUGUCACUUUAUUGUCAAUGCUGCUUCACCAACCCCCCCAUCCCACGCCCGACCACGUCCACCUCACCACUGCCAUGGACGAUCAGCCUACCAGCCACCCACAACAAGACCUUCACCACAACUUGACUGCUGCCUUAUUUGCUGCUGCUCACCACGGACACACAGAGUGCGUGAAGCUGCUGCUGUCUUCUGGCUCGCCAGCCGAUGUGUCCGACCAAAACCGAUUCACACCUUUGCACUUUGCUGCCUCCCACGGCCACACUGGCUGUGUGGAGGCUCUGCUGGCUGCGGGCGCCGCUUUGGAUGCGGCUACCGACGGUGGCCACACUGCCCUCUUUCUGGCCAGCGUAGCGGGCAGGAAACACUGUGUCCACCUCCUGCUGAGCGCUGGGGCCGAUCGCUCCUGUAUUGCCACGGAUGGCUGCACGUGUCUGCACGCGGCGGUGCGAUCAGGCCAUGUGGGCACGCUGCGUCUGCUCCUCUGUCACCCCGGAGCUGGAGACCCCAAUGCGAGCCUUCUACCCGAUGCAGCCCCUGCUGUGCCCGCUACCCUGCUGAACCACGUCAACGCAGACGGAUGGACGGCCGCUCACAUGGCGGCAGCUCUCGGCCUGAAGGAGUGUCUGGAGGUGCUGUGUAGCCACCGUGAGCAAGACAUUGAAAGGAGAGAUAAAUGUAAUCGCACCAUUCAUGACGUUGCCACUGAUGACUGCAAAGAUCUCCUCGAAAAUCUCAAUCACUACAGCGUCCUGGUGCGUCUCCAGUAUUCAGAUGGUGCCAGAGCCAAUUCUUCAAUCUGUUCCAUGGAUGGUGAUGAUGAUGAUGAUGAUGAAGGUGAUGAUGAGAAGCGGGCCGCAGAGCUUCAGUCAGUUCUGUGCAGACUGUCAGUGGAGCGCUCCAUGCGCUGGUCUCAGCUGAGUGCCGCCAUUGGCCACGCCUUCGCCACACAUUUGCACAUACUUUGUGGCGAGGACGCGCAGCGACCCCCGCUGGGCCUCACACCCGCAAGCAUUAACUCCGCCCUGAUUGGAGGAAGUGAGUGGCGGCCUGGUCAGGAACUUCCUGUCUCACCAUGGGACCUUGUGCGAAAACCACUUAGCCAGGUCAUCACCAUCCGACUGAAAGGUCUUUCUGAGUCGUGUCUAGAUGAGUUGGCUCUGGAGUCUCUCUUUCCGCUGCCUGUGCUUCUCAACUACGUUCGCUUGGUGGAGCAAUACGGGAGUGUCAUCUUUCACGGCCUGGAGGACAGCUGUCAGAAUUACAUCGCUGCUUUAUUGGCCCGCUGCAUCAAGUCCAAGCAGGAGGCAGCCGGUCAGGCGUGUGAGGUGGUGAAGGUGGAGGUGCAGUGCAGUCUGACCAAAGAGAAGCUGCUGGACACCCUCGUCUCCUGUGGCUUCCUGGUGCCGUCGUCGGCGUGCGACCACGGCGGCUGCGUGGUGCUGCUGCUGCAGGGCCUGGAGAAGGCGGCCUCCCUGUCGGGACUACUGGGAGAUCUGUGUCACAGCUUAGACAACAGGACUUCCACUGCUUCUCUGCUCAUCAACGCUGUUCCGCAUCACUUCUGCCAGCACAGCUUCCUGAUUGGCUCCCUGUCAAAGCCCCGCCUCCACGGCUCUGAGCUCCGACUGCAGCAGCACUUCCGCUGGUUGAGUCUGCGCUGGGACCAGGAGCCUCUGAAUGGCCUGCUGGCCAGAUGCCUGCGCAGGAAGCUGCUGCACCAGACAGGACGUGUGGUGUGGUGCCGUGACGGUGCCACGGAGAAGGCGGUGCUGUGGGUGGCUCAAGUGUGGCAGCAGCUCAACGCCUGCCUGGCGCAUUUGGGCACACACGAGGCCUUGAUGGGACCCAGACGCUUCCUGGCCUGCCCCGUCCACACCGACGACGUGCACGCCAUCGUCAGGUGGUUGUCUCGGCUGUGGAGCUCGGUGGUGGUUCCUCGCGUCGAGGCGGCAAUCGUCUCCCGGGUAACAGCCAGGCGCUCCUCCUCCUCGUCGCCGAGCAACGUCGUUCUGAGUGACGGCCAGCAGGCGGUACUGAAGGCGGCCCUCAGCAUCCUGGUCAACAAAGCUGUCUUGCGAGGCUGUCCGCUGCCUCGCCACGUUGCGUUCAGGGGCGGGGCCAUUCCGCUGACCUCCAUUGGCUCCAUGAAAGGAAGCGGCAGCGGCAGGAAGUGUCGAGACAAGCUCAGGCGAUCCAAUACCAGCCCUCGAAAGAAAGGAAGUCUCGUCUCCAGCUGGGCCGGCGGCUCCUUUCGACACGGCUCCGUAUCCACAAAUGAUGUUAGCUGCGCUGCGAAUGGCAAAAUCCACAGGGAAGCGUCGGGUUUGUCCAUGUUCUCGGACGACGAGACGGACCUGAUCCAAGAGCUACAGUCGUUGUGCUCCAGCAAGUCGGAACCAGACAUUAGACUGACAUGGGCAUCCAAAGACGACGACGUCCUUCUGCUUGCUAGCAGAAGUCCCUCUGGAGCUCCGCCCUCCACACCAGAGCAGGAAGUAGCCGUGGACCAAUCAGCUCACCCGUCACCACUCACUCAUGCGGUCAGCCAACGCCGCUCGAGCCCGCGAACCAAAUCCCAGCUGCCUGUGUCCAGCAGAGGGCAGCAGCAGCCGCUUCGCAUUGCUUCGGCAAACAACAACAACAACAAAGGAAACAGCAGCAAAGCAUACAGCAGCAGUAGCAAUGUCAACAAGCAAUCACAGGAGCACGUCUGGCUCCUACAACAACACAAUCACAAAUAAACAGACAGGCCCACACUCACUGCCCCGCCCAUCAAAGGAAAGGCCAAUCACGCCUGUCAAAAUUUCUUCCACACACUUCCCCACACGAGGGGAAAUGAUAAAUGAUCGUCUUAUUUUGGUAAGUUUAUGUGUAACAUGAGUACAACAUCUUAAUAAAUCUCAUCCGAUAUGUUGUGAAAGUAUUUCAUGGUUACUGUCAUUGGAAUUAGGCCCGGUACACACAUUCACAUUGAAAUCAUUAUCACCACUUUUUCCACUUUUUUUUAAAUGCCCCCCCCAACUCAAGACAAAACUUUUGUCAUUAAAAGUUAAACGUUCCCAAAGUAUUUUCACUUUGGACUUUAUUUUUAGCAUGUAGUACUUGCUCAAGGUCAGAUUUUUUUUUUUUUUUUUUUUGCCUGAACUAUACAUGACCCUUGACAAAAAAAUGUCUGACUUCUGGGAUGUUCUUAAACACAAUAUUUUAGCACACCACUUUUGAUAAAAAGAAAAGCCUUUUUUUUCAAACAAAAAUAGUCAUGCUAUUGUGUGUACCAGGCUGAAGUCAACACAGCAAAUCUGUGAAAUUAAAAUGUUUUUAGCUCGGUGAAAGAAAACACUCCUAUAGAUUGGUAGUUGAUAAAAACAAGACUGUAGGGUCCAAAAAAUGUGCAUUUGAUGCUAUCUACAGGAAGUGCUGUGUCAGUAUUACAUCACGAUGUGCAUACAUGCUCCCCUCACUCCCUCCAUCUUGGCCGACCACUUUUGAACUCUGUUCGCGUCGCACUUCCUCGUGUGUACUUUGGGGACCACAACUUUUUGUUCUAGAAGCAAUUCUGCGACUGACGGUCGCUCGGCCUCAUCGUAAAGAGUAAUCAAAAUUUUUCAAAUAAAUAUUUUUCAUUUGAGUGUUUUUAAUGUUCGUUUGCACCGUGGCUUGGACAUGAAUCAGGGUUUUACAUUGUAAAUAAGAGUUUUAGUGUUAGCGCGUCUUCACGACGAUGACUUUUGUACAGUCUACUUAAAAAGAAAAAAAAGUGUUUAUAAAGUUUGAAAGUGAGUAUUAGAUGUGUACUGUAAGCCAUACUACUACUACAACUAGCUUUCUUUUCUCUCAUCAAUCACUGUGUAUGCAUUACUUGUCAACCAAGAUUUCUUUGCUGUUUAUAAAUCUAUGAAGAAAUAUAUAAAUAUAUAUGUAUAGUACAUAUGUAUAGGAAAGACUUUAGUCCGUUUCAAUGGCUGUUUGCAGUUUUUAAAAAGUUGUCUUUCAAGCACAAAUAUAUUAAAAUAUUCAAAAAUUG